AUGGCAGACACAGAUAAAGUGCAUAAUGUUAUUAUCAUUGGUGCCGGUGUUGGUGGGCUUACCGCAGCCAUUAAAAUGCAAGUCGAUAUGGGACUAUAUGAUUAUACGAUCUAUGAACGGGCCUCAGAGCUAGGAGGAACCUGGUGGCAAAACGACUAUCCUGGCUGCGCCUGUGACAUACCUAUUCAUUGGUACUCCCUCUCGAUUGACCCCAACCCGAACUGGAGCUGCCUCUUUGCUUCUCGUCGGGAAAUCUACGAGUACUGGAAACACCUCGCCAGAAAACACAACAUCGAGUCUCGUAUCAAAUAUAAUACCGAAUUUUUAUCCGCAGAGUGGAAUGAGAAAAAGCAGUACUAUACAAUCAAGCUCGAGGACUCUCGGACAAAGGAGCGUAGAGAAAUCAAGGCGAAGCUCGUGAUUUCCGCCAUCGGGGUUUUCGUCAAUCCUCUUUGGCCAGAUAUUCCCGGCAGGGAAUCUUUCCAGGGUAAAAUUCUGCAUGCGCAAAUGUGGGAUCAUAGCGUUAAAUUGGAGGGUAAGCGAGUCGGGCUCAUCGGGAGCGGGUGUGCCGGCUCUCAAAUACUACCUCCGAUUUCCGAGAACAGCUCCACUUCGGUAGUAAAUUUCUGCAGAACCCCAAAUUGGUAUAUCCCUAGGCCACAAGCACGGGUACCUCCAGUGAUACAAUGGAUAUUCGCCCACGUUCCAUUCGUAUUAAAGUCACUACGCUACACCCUUGCUGCAUCGUGUGAACUGCUUUAUCACCACUACCAGGGCAACUUCAUCUCUGUCGCGGCUCGAAAAGUGGUCGAAAAGCUUAUGCUUCGCCGCAUGCGAAGCAUCACUCCCGCCAAAUACCAUAAGCAGCUGACCCCUAAUUAUCCAUUUGGUUGCAAACGUGUCGUCUUUGACCCUGGUUAUUUCGAGGCCCUGAACAGACCUAAUGUGGAAUUGGAAUCUGAUCCUAUUACCAAAAUAACACCUACAGGCAUCGAAACCAAGUCUGGGAAGGAACAUAAACUCGACGUUAUUGCCUUUGCUACUGGGUUCGACAUUGCGGGCUCUAUGACUCUUGAUGUUACCGGGAUCAACGGACAGACUCUCAGAGACUAUUAUGAGAAGGAAAAUGGGCCAACUGGAUAUAUGGGAACGACCAUUCCCGGAUUCCCGAACUGGAUUACGAUAUUUGGCCCCAACAGCGCAACUGGCCAUUCUUCCGUCAUAUACAUGGAGGAGAUCCAGAUGAAUUACGCCAUGCAACUGUUCAAACCUGUAUUAGAAGGAAAAUUAGCAGUGUCGUUCCACGUGCCGACUCGACUCAAAAGUUCAACCAAUGGUUACAGUACAGCCUCAAAGACCAUGUUUGGCCGAGCUGCCAUUCUUGGUACCGCAAAGGUUCGUUCCGUCAUUUAUCCCCCGGUCCGCUGUCUAUUGAACUUCCAUCUAGGGCUCGACGGAAAAAUCUCGAGCUUGUGGCCGGGUGGGAAUAUACAUAUAUGGUGGUCGUUCCGUAAGCCCAACUGGAAAGACUAUGAAGUAGUUGGAGCAAAGAAUUGGUACGGAAACAGCGAAUCUAUGAAGUGGUGA